CAGGAGCUGGAAAACCACAAACUGAACUAUUUGUAGUAUUAUAUCAAAUAUUGAAUGCCAUGAAGUGGCUCACCUACCUGCCGCCCAGCCGGGGCACUCAUGCUGAGUCAUCCACCAAGAGCCCGCAAAUCCAGGGUCCGGAGUAAACAGACGCGAUGCACAACGCGCUUCUCACGAAUGCGCCAAAAGUUCAGGGACAGCCCGCAACAUGGAUGCUGACUCGGCCGUCUCGCAAGUCCAGCGACGGAUCGAGCUCCAGAGUCCGGAAGAUCUGACAUAUCUCAUCACCAACGUGCGGAAUGCGGCUGCGACGCGGUUGAACGAAGCGUUUCCGCAGGUCGAUGGCGGCGGGGAGGACGAGCUGAGAAACCAGAUUGAGGCGCUGGUCAAUGAGUACAUCGACAAAACAUUCACUCUUGCGGCACCCAACCUCACAAUCAAUGGACUACCCGUCGCCCCGGGCGAUGCCCUGCGAGAUAGCGGAUCAAUGGCCCUGGACGAAGCAUACGAGCCGUUCGAUACACGGAAACGCCAGAGGGUCGCCGAUUUGAUCACGCAAGAGGAGAAGCUGCUGGAGGACGUGGCAAGCCUGAAGAGAGCCGUGCCUGGGAAAGCAGCCGCGGAGCAUGCGCAGAUGCUCCGAGAAGAGUUGCGGCGAGACGACGAGAUGGUGAGUGCCAUGGCAGCGACAUACCAAGAAAGCGCCAACGAAACGAUCACUCUGGACGGCACGGCAAGGCUAGACAGGCAAGAGACGGUGGAGGGCGAGUUCAAGGACGCAGUGGAGGCACUGGGGAGGUUGAAACGCGAUAUGAGCACAGUGGUGGCCAAGAUGGAGAGGGCACGUCAAGCAGGGGAAUACGUCAUCACGCAAGGGCGAUGAUAGUUGCUUUUGGAUUUCUGGCGCGGCGUUUCCAGGGGCCACAAGGGAUACACAGCAAGCAGCUGGCCAUCAUGAUACCAAAUAGGAUGUCUAUUCGUUAUUUGUUUGUUUACCGGAUUCUAGACUAGGGGACUCGAAUUC